ACACAAGGGACCUAUCAAGAGAUGUAACAGCUGGGGCAAACAUAGAAACACAAAAGAAAAUUCUCAGUCUUUCUCGCCCCCUCUCUCUUUUACACACACACGUACAGUAUGCUCUUUUUUCAUCAGGAAAACCGUUUGUUGGCCGCAUCUCUCGCGGAUCUUUGUAAAACCAGAUUUCUACUCUAUCCUUGGGCCCCUCGACCUCUUCAUGGAAGUUCCCACUUCUCACUUUAACACUUUGCAGUUAAGGAAUGUCUCCUACUUUUCCUUCUUUUCGGAGCUCUACCGCUCUGACCAUAUCGCAACCACCGUGGAGACCCUGGCCCUCGUGACGGUCUUCCUGAUCUCAGUGGUGGCCAACGUGGGAACAGGGUUCUUGGUCACACGAGAACGCCGGUCGCUGGUAAAUAAGACUGUCCUGACACUGAACCUGUUUGUUGCUGACCUAUUGUUUGUCAGUAUGACUCCUCUGAUCGUGGUGGUGCGCUGGGCCGUGUCCUGGAGGUUGGGCAACGCAGCUUGUCGCGCCAUGCUGUAUGUCAUCAGCAUGAGCGGCUGUGUCACCAUCACCACCCUGGCCUGCAUCAGUGUGGAGAGAGUUAUGGCUAUCCUCAGGCUGCACCCGGCUCCCACCCUCAACCCCAGGAUGGUGUGUGCUACCCUGGGGUGCAUCUGGGCUUUCUCAGCACUCACCUCCAUGCCUCUUAGCUUAUUCUUUACCGUACGGGAGGUGGAGUCCUUUGAUGAGAGAAACAUCCAAAUCUGUACCCUGAUGUGGCCAGACAUGCUUGCGGAAAUAGUGUGGGAUGUUGCCUUUACUGCGCUCUGCUUCCUAGUCCCAGGACUCGUAAUCGUGUUCAGCUACAGCAAAAUACUGCAGCUCAGCAAACGUUCCCGAAGGAGGCUGCACCCUUGUGAAUCUCCCUCCAGACUCAACAGGGUCCACCACUACGUCUCUCGCCAGGACAUCAAAAUCUUCCGCACGCUCUUCGUCCUCAUGCUCUCCUUUUUCAUCAUGUGGAGCCCUAUCUUCAUCAUCACAUUCCUCAUCCUCAUGAGGAACUUCCAGAGCCUUUAUGUCACCUCCACCAUGUUCUUCUGGGUGGUGACCUUCACCCUGGCCAAUUCUGCGCUCAACCCCAUCCUCUACUCACUGUGUCAGUUUAGGCACGGCUGGCGGAGGCUCUGCUGUGUCUCCAUGGUCACCCCGAUGAAGAGAGCAUCCAAAGCCAAUGGGCAUAGACAGGAGAGGGGACCAACACCACACAAAGUAUACACCAUCUAGUUUGUAGGUUAUACAGCACAUCCACCAUGAGACCUUCCUCUGCUGCUUAUAAAAGUCCAACGACCAGUGGAGGGAUUUAACAUAGCAGUACUACAGUACCUGUACAUACCCUACAUCAGAGGUUGUACAGUGCAUUAAAAUAAUAAACACAUACUUCUUUGGUAUUGCUGUUCACAUUUGUUUUGAUAAAAUUGUGUAUAUAUCUGAAACCUCUUUAGGCACUGUGAUGUUAAUGCUGACUGCUGUUAUGGUUACAAAGUCUCCCUCACUGUCUGUGUUGAUAUCCGGAGUGAUCAGCUUGUGGCUCGCACCUACUAUAGCUGCUUUACUAUAUCUACUGUGGCGGCCAUUUACAAUCCCAUUUGGCUUUAUCCAUGGAUAGAGCAAACCAGUCACUGAAAUAGACCACUGCUAAUAAGUGCAAGCUUUAGAGGUAAAGAUGCUUCUGCAUUUGGAUGUUGUUGAUUAGAGCUAAAAUUAGAGCAGGACGGCGCCAGUGCACAUGCUGAGCUGUCCGUCUGUCCAACAAUAGUACCAUCACAUCACUUCUGUUGUGGUCUGGCAUAUGCACAGCUUUCUGUAUAAAAACCCAUUAUAAGCAAGGGUCUACAUGUAGUUACACAGUUUCACUACAAUUUCCUGUUCUAAACUGUUCUUUAAAAAUCUUUCUUUUUAUAACAAGCACUGCCACAAUUAAGAGCAGCUUGUGUUAUAAAUGUCGAUCCCCCAAUAUUUCUAUUUCAGCUUUGUGGUUUUAUAAUCAUUAUCCAGAAUUUAUACUGUGGUUGUCUGUUUUUCUUUUCAAUACCAAUACAUGUAGUACAUGCAUUAUA